CAAUAUAAAUGAUACAAUAGAUAUCAUAGUAAUAAAGAGGAUAAUUGUUGACCACUUUAUUAAUAGACAAACAGAUAGUCAUAACCUUUAGUAUAGAUAGUAGGGUAUGGGUUGUUGCUGUUCAUCAUCAUCACCGCCAACAACAACAUCGAAGCUUCAUCCGCUGCGGCCAAACAGUCGGCUAUUUGCUGCCCAACAGUUGACGGUCACCGCUAGCGGCAAAACAAUUCAAAAGAUUGUCCGCCGGCUGCCAAUGAAACAGUCGGAAGUGGAUAGUAUACCCAACGAUCCGAAUGUUGGCGAAGAUUUUCGGCUAAUAUUUGGACCGCCGUUUAACGUCUGUACGAAACUGACCAAAUUUGUCUAUCUGUCGGGUAUCGGGUCGCUGUCCAGAGAGAACCUCAAAAAGGAAGGCUUCACACUCAUAGUCAACGCUACCUACGAGUGGCCGUGUAUUGAACCCGAAGGCAUUAUGUGUAUCAGAGUUCCCGUGGACGACGCGCCAACCGAUGACAUAUCCAUCUAUUUUGAUGACGUCAGCGACAAAAUUGAAGAAAAUACACAAUUAAAUGGCAAAACUCUGAUCCACUGUCUGGCCGGUGCCAGUCGUUCAACAACAUUGGCUAUAGCCUAUCUGGUAAAAUACGAGAAAAUACCGCUGAAGAAUGCCUUUAAUUCUGUAUACAAACGUCGUGAAUGUGCCCGACCUAAUAUGGGUUUCUGGGAACAGCUAAUCAAAUACGAAAUUAAAGUCAAAGGACAGUCGUCUGUACGGAUGAUAACCAAGAAAAUCGAUGGCUUUUCCGUAACGGUUCCCGAUUUCUAUGAAAAAGACUAUCAAAUGUAUUAUCUGAAAGAAGUCGACAGACAAGUCAAAGAACAAAAGGAUAAACAAGAAAAUCCGUUAAAGAAAACUAAAUCACAGAAACAAUUCAAUCCGAAAACCAAUAACUAUGAAUAGUUUUAUGAAUAAGGGAUUAGUUAAUCCUUUAUUAUUAUUAUUAAUCCUAAUCCACACACUAAUCCUCCUAACUAUCUCUCAAUUGUAAA